CCCUGUUACGUGGGAUAAACCUAGACAUUCUCAACUCGUACGCAGACCACGCCACAUCCCAACCUACUACAUACUAGCACCAAAUAUAACUGGGCAACUGACGACACCUUCACAAGAAUACAUAGACGUUGUUGCCGGAGUAAAAGCGACCCGACACUGUUUAUAAGUGAUAAGUGAAGUCAUUCGAGUUGUUUAUUCUACCGCCGAGAAGAUCUAUCUCACACUGGUUCUUGUAGUGUUAGUUGUAUAUAUUCGUCGUCAAGUAGCAUGCUUAAUAUGACCAGCGCAUCGCCAUCAGCUUUUACGAUUGAAAGUAUACUUGCACCAAGACCCACGCUGAUACACGCUGCCAGACCUGCGCCGUAUCCGUUCUUUCCACACCCAGCACACCUACAUACGCUACCACCAGAGUACCAUCACUUAGCAGCGGCGGCCGCGGCAGCUUACCCGGCAUUCCAUGGAUACCCAGCCUUGGAUUUCUUUGGUCGUAACCAGAAAAGGAAACGUCGCCACCGUACUAUUUUCACCGAAGAACAACUAGAGGAACUGGAAGCAACUUUUGAUAAAACGCACUAUCCAGAUGUGAUGCUACGAGAAGAAAUAGCUAUGAAAACAGAUUUGAAGGAAGAGCGGGUGGAAGUAUGGUUCAAGAACCGUCGAGCAAAGUGGAGGAAACAGAAACGCGAGCAACAAGAAUCAAUCAGGAGAGCAGCAGUAGAAACCACAUCACACAAGAAAAGCGCCGAAAAGGGGUCACAGUUGCUCGGUUUAUCGUCAACGACAAACGCCGGUGAAUUGGACGAAGAUGAAAGUAACAUAGAGGUCGUCAGAGACACGGAAGACACACGUGAACUCGAUAUGAGUUGUAGGCGGAAAGGUUCAAUUCUUGGCAGCGACUCGGACAUUGAACAUUCAGUAUCCAGUCCGUGCUCGUAAUAUUCUUCAAAGUAUAUAGAAAACUCAUCUGAAUGUAUUAGUGAUGGUUGGAGUAAAUGAACAACACACUACUAGUCACAUACCCCAACGUUAUGCCAUCCGCAUAAAACGAAGUCCUUUGCACUGCAUUCUACAACGACGUAUUUUCUCCACAACCAUACCGAUUCGCUUUAUUUUAAAUGUUUUUUAAUGUUGCAUUGACAUUAUAAUUGCUGCAAAGUCGAGUUCACUAUUAUUCAGUAUUAAGGACAGUUUAUUUCAUUGUAUAUUAAAAGUCGGAUCAUCACAAAUAUAUCGACCGGGUAAAAGUUACCAUGUUUAAAUCACUCUGCUUCAGCCGCUUUAUAAACAAUUCGUUAAUUGUUUUCAACAUUUCAUACAGACUUUAUAUUUUCUAGUUAUUUUUAGUUGUUAUUGUAAUAACAAGAAAAGUUUAAAUAUUUAAGGACUGCCCAACGAUGUAAAUAUUAGAAAGAAUAAAAAUGGUUUGUCGUUACUUCCCAUGUA